AUGGAAGUUAUAAUAUUAUAUGAUCCAUCUGGCGUGUGUACUAGCAAUUUUCAACAAAAAUUUAUUGAUAUGAGAAUCUAUAAUAACAAAGAUCAACUAUUAAAUUUUAUUAAAGAAGAUGACGUAAGAGAGAGAGAUAUUACAAUAUUUUUACCAUCUCAUGAUGUACGAAAUAUCAUAUCUCAAGUUUACGAUUUAAAUCAAAUUCAUUCAAUUUACGUUUAUUAUUCUUCUAUAAAUGAAGCACAAAAUUUAAAAGAUUGGUGGUUUAGCAAUAAUUAUUUUAAAAUACGUCAAAUUUUUUGUCAUGAUCAGUUGAUAUCUAAAUUAUGUAUUGUAUAUCUUAAUUAUUGUCGUUCAAAUAACCUACCCUCAGAAGAGGCAGUACGUUACAAUGAAUUAUAUCAAAAAUAUUUAAACGACAUCAAGUUUCAAUUAAUACAAGAAAGUAAGUAA